CUCGUUUCCUUGUUCGAACUUCGAAGUGUUAGGGAUUGCUUGUUGUUCCUCUCCUCCUUGUUAGUGGUAUCUUAGGCUUUUUGGUCUCUACUUCUGUGAAAGAUUACAGGGAAUCAGUAAUUCCCAAUAAUAAAUCCAAUUACUCAAGGUUACAAUGUCGCUCGACCAUCUUCACCCAACAGCUAAGAAGCUAAAAACGAUAGAGUCGUUUUUCAAGCCGAAGGUGAAGGGGGGUGACAAACCAAGUGGAUUGUUUCCUUCUACCAACGACGUUAACAUUCCGACAUCAUCACACCAUGAGCCUGGUACUUCUCAGCAGAAAAAGAACCCAUCAUAUACUCAACCAACUAUAUCUAGUAAAUCCAAAGAAGUUGUAGUUCAAACAAAUGUAUGUACUGUCCCUACGGAAGCCAAUACUGUUUCAUAUGAGCGCGAUCCAGGUCUACGACCUCAAAUUUGUGAAUAUCCGGUGAAUCAACGAGAUGAGGUACGUCGAGCAUAUUUAAAACAGGGACUUUUUAAACUCAAACUUUCCAAAUAUCCUCCUUAUUGGGAUGGAAAACAGAAUCAUUAUUUCCAGUAUAGUUGGUUGAAAAAGCACUCAUGUCUAGAGUACUCUAUCGAAAAGAACAAAGCAUAUUGCUUCCCCUGCUUUAUUUUUGAAACAGAUCCACCACAAAGUCCUGCAUUUACAGCAGAUGGUUUCACAGAUUUCAAGAGGAUUGGUUCCAAGAAGAAAGUAUUUGAAUGUUCAUUUGUUAAGCGUGUUGGAGAUCAUGAAUCUUUUCACAUGGAUGUUGUUAGAAGUUGUGAAAAUCUUCGGAUCUAUUACUCAACAAAGAAAGGAGAUAAUAGCAAAGAACAUGCUACGAUUAAAGACAAUAAUUGAGACAGCUCGAGUGCUGGCUCUUUAUGCAUGUGCAUUUAGAGGUAAUGAUGAAUCACUAGAUUCGAGAAACCGUGGCAAGUUUAUUGGUUUGAUAAAGUAUGCAGCUAUAUUGAAUGAUAAAAUUGAUGAAGUUGUCUUACAAAAUGCACCUGAAAAUGCAAUGUAUACUUCACCGAAGAUUCAAAAAGAAAUUUUGCAUAUUCUCGUUGACAAGGUCAGAGAUACUAUUCGUGCAGAAAUUGGAGAUGCUAAAUUAUGUACUCUUGUAGAUGAAGCACAAGAUUCUUCAAUUCAAGAACAAAUGGCUAUUGUUACAAGGUUUGUUGAUAAGGAUAGUUUCAUUAGAGAGCGUUUCUUUGCAGUUAGAAGUGUUGAGGACACCACAACAGUAACUUUGAAGAGGGAGAUUUCCAAGUCUCUUGCUUCAUAUGGCCUUUUAAUAGAAAAUAUAUGGGGUCAAGGAUAUGAUGGUGCCAGUAAUACGAGAGGAGCAUGGAAUUGGUUGCAGGCAUUGUUUCGUAAAGAUUAUCCAUAUGCUUAUUAUGUCCAUUGAUUUGCUCACAGGUUACAUCUAGCAUUAAUAGGAGCAUCUGCAGAUGAGCAAGAUGUUUAUCUUUUUUUUUGAGAAGUUGGCGGUUAUUGUCAAGCUUGUUGGGGCUUUUCCUAAGCGUCACAGUCAGUUGAAAUCUGCCACAACAUUAAAGCGUCACAGUCAGUUGAAAUCAUCACACGUAAUUAGUCCAGCUGUGUAGCAGAUGUCCCUCUCAUCUUUAUCUCUCUCCUAAUCUUAUCCAGCUGUAAAGCAGCGGACGCAUCUUACAAUGUUUAUCUAACUGUG